AUGAAGCGCACCAAACCCUCCUCCUGCACACGAGAGCAAGUGACUGAGUCAUUCUGGAUUAAAACAGCAUACCUGGCCGACAUCUUCAGUCUCUACAAUGAAACAAACAAGCGUCUGCAAGGCGUGGAGUCCAACAUUCUCCAAUGUAAAGAGGCGCUCGAUGCAUUUGUGCGCAAACUGGAGUACAGGGACAAGACAUUCACCUGCACCCUGUUCAUGCCCUUUGACGAGUUUGAGAAGAUCACCACAGGAGAUGAAGUCAUGGAGUUUUUCCAGGAAUACUUCGCGGACACCAUACCACUGAUAGGAGUUGAUGCUCUCAAGAGGGAUUAUUUCCGACUGCCUGGGCUGGCCAUGGUGUCUAUUAAGUGCUCCCCGUACCACAUUGGGGAUAAAUGUGUCCUCAUGGGCGAUGCCGCACACGCAGUGGUGCCUUUCUACGGGCAGGGGAUGAACGCUGGCUUUGAGGACUGCAUUGUGUUCGACGAAAUAAUGGAGCAGCUCAAUGAGGAUUUCAGUGCUGUCCUGCCUGAGUAUACCAGAGUGCGAGUUCCAGACGAUCACGCCAUCGCAGACUUGGCCAUGUACAACUACAUUGAAAUGAGAGCCCAUGUCAACUCAAAGUGGUUCCUUUUCAGAAAACAUCUCGACAACUUCCUCCACUUCUUCCUGCCAAAUACAAUAGUUCCACUUUACACAAUGGUCACUUUCACCAGGGAAAGGUACCAUAAGGCUGUGGACCGCUGGAAAUGGCAGGACAAAGUGAUAAACCGCGGCCUGCUGUUCGGUGCGACAGGAGCUGUUUUGGGAGGCUCCUACCUUCUCAUUAAAAAUCCUCCUGAUAUCAACAAGCUCAUCAUCCCCACUGAGAAGAUGUGGGCCAGGCUCAUGUCCCUCUGGACCUCCUGAGACCCGGCUCCGAUCUGACAGACAAGUGCAUCAAACAUGAGAAAUGAGAGAAUCCAUAUUGUGAAAAGAGUUGGAAUCAUCUUAUAACCACAAUGAAGGCUCUGCCAGCCUAUACAUGUUGGUGAAUAGUGACUGUCCUAACCUACUGUAACUAAUACAAGUUAUAAAGAUUGAUAAUUAUAUCAAAUGUAUUCUGUU